AUGGAGAUGGACUUGAGCAUCUACUCUUCACACGUACGCACGUGGCUUGCGGCACUCGUAGGAUGUCUCGGAGUAUUCGGCACGGGUGUUAACCUCGUAGUUUUAUGGGUUCUUUACCGACGGAAGGACAUUCGGACCUCUGCUACGGUGUACGUGGUCAACCUGACGGCAGUGGACCUGCUAGUGACCAUUGUAGUGGACACGCUGCAUGUCCUGGGGAUCGCCUGGCCGGAGUUUUACCGUCUGGACACGAACUGGACAGUCUGUGACAUCACAGGCAGCUUGUGCGUUGCCGGCUGUAUUAUCUCACUAGCCACAACCGCAGUCAUUACCAUCAACCGCUAUCUUUUCAUCUGUAAACGGCAAACCCACGACGACAUCUUCACCAAGAAGGGGGCAGCGAUGAUCGUCUUGGGUACGUGGGUUUACGGGCUCGGCUUCGUGCUACCCCUGUGGUUUGGUUGGGGCACCUUCCGCUACGACCCGAAGACGAUGAACUGCGCGUACGAUCGAACCAAGACGGGGUACACUCUAAUGUUUCUUCUAAUCGGACACCUUCUUCCGACUUUGACGGUUUUCGUCUUCAACACAGCUCUCUACCUCAACGUCAUGAAAAUCAAGAACAACUUGAGACAAUAUCUACAAGGCAGGACUCCGCCACAAGGUGUCUAG